UCUCAAUUUUUAAGCCCUAAAAUCCUUCUGACAGGUACAGACUCCUUGUUUGCGGUUGCUGAAGGAAAGAAAGAAGACAUGGGGCGCGUACGCACAAAGACGGUGAAGAAAUCUUCACGGCAAGUAGUAGAACGCUAUUACUCUCGCAUGACUCUGGACUUCCACACGAAUAAGAAAAUCCUGGAAGAGGUAGCAAUCAUCCCAUCGAAGCGUCUCCGGAACAAGAUUGCUGGCUUCUCUACCCAUCUGAUGAAGCGUAUUCAAAAGGGUCCAGUUCGCGGGAUCUCUUUGAAACUUCAAGAAGAAGAGCGUGAACGCCGCAUGGACUUUGUCCCUGAAGUAUCUGCUAUCAAGACUGAUCAGAUUGAGGUUGAUAAAGAGACUAUCGACAUGCUUUCUGCUCUUGGUAUGUCCGAUAUUCCUGGCAUUGUCCAGGUUGAUCCCGUUGCUGUUCUUGUUCCUCAGUUUGGGUUUGGACGUGGUGCCGGUGGCCCCGGAAGGAGGUUUUGAAAUGUUAGCUUUAUGAAUAUCGUUUUUAUUUCUUUCCCAGAUUUUAUUGAUUCUUAGUUUGUUAAUCUUAUUUUCACAGAAAAAAGAAAAGAAGAAUUCUCAUAUUUUUAAUA